AUGUGCUGUAUCUCCUGUAGCCGCACCCUCUCACUACUGCUGUGCGUCCUCACCCUGACUCCGACGCCAACAGGGGCGGGCCCAGAGACCCUGUGCGGGGCGGAGCUGGUCGACACGCUGCAAUCCCCUGAAUUGUCAUCUGGAAGCUCUCCAGAGCCUCUUAAGAACCGAGUCCAGAGCCGGCUAGACCUGCUCAAACCCAAGCCCAAAAAGGGGGUCAUUCGAUCCCAGUUUGCAUGCACAUACAAGGAUGAAGAACUGCCACUCAACCGUGUGCUGGAGUUCCCCAGCAGCAGCCAGAUGCCCACCUGUGUGCACCCAGCACCCAAACCCAAAAACACCCCCCCUGUGGACAAGGAGUGCAGCUCUGAUGUGGAGGUCAAAACCAAAGCCAAGUCUACAAAUGAAUGCCUGAAUAAGGAGCAGAGCGGUGUGCAGCAGGGGGCUGUUCUUGGGCCAAGAAGUGGAAAUGCCCAAAAAAGAGUUGCAGGCCCGGGCAUUCAAAAGAAAAAUGGCACUCAGGCGCAGGGAAAGGGCAACAAGAGGAAGCAGGUGGAUUCUGACCAACAUGAAGGGUCGGAGAACGAGCCCCCAGAGAAGAAGCAGCUCACUGCUGUCUCAGUCAAAAUGCCUGGCAAGAAUGUCAGUAAGGCCUUGAGUAAGAAGAAGCUGAUAGCUGGACAGGGAAAGCUUACAAGCUUCUUCAGGGUCUAAUGAAUCAUUUUUAAUCAUUUUAUGAUGCAGCUAAAUGUUAUUUAGUGUGUGAAUGUUCCAGUUAAGGCUGCAACUAAUCAUUACUUUGAGUCUCAGUUGAUCUGUUGGCUUUCGUUUAAGUGAAUACCUUUUGGAAAAUGUUUGUUAACUUGAUCAAAGAUAGAUGACGGUAUGUUAAAUUUGAAGCUAGCAGGUUUUACGCUAAUAUAGCAUAGAGCAGAGCAGAGAUUUGCUAAGCUAACUGACAACCCGUAGCAUUUAGCAUAUAGAUCAUUUUAAAGUUUUAAGACAUUCUGUUAGUUUUUCAUUUGUUUGAGAAAAUCAUGGCACAUUAAUUUUCUAUUGAUUUACUAUGCAAAUCAUGGUAUCCUCACUAAUGUACCCACUCAACAGUGAAACAUGUGGGUUUAUCAGUUGAUAGCAGAUCAUUGGAAACUUGGCCAGUACAUUUCCUUUCAUCAAGAAAAGUCCUACUUGAAAUAUUUAUAUCACUAGUUGUACAGUUUAUUUAACUUGUUCCUCAGCAAAAUCAAGUAUGUAAAUAAGAUGCAAACUUUUCACUUUUAAUAAACUUUUAUUUUGUUUUA